AAUCCCAGUUUAACUGCGCUCGAGGAUCUGCAAAACAGGAUGGCUAGGGUGGAGGAGAUGCUCGGUGUGCGGAAUGAACGGACUGCGGAGAAGGAGGAAACUCCGCCGGCGAAAUUGCUGGGGACGCUGGUGGUGAAGGGGACACGGUCUGUGUAUCAUGGGCAGAAUGAUCGCGUUACCCUGCUGAAUCAAGUAUCUAACACGCACUGGUUCCUCGACGUCAAGGACUUCAUCAAUAAUGAGGUCUCCAAGGAUGAAGAGCUGCAGGCUGCGGCAAAGCAAGUAAAGUUCCUGCAGAACAAAUCUCAGGCGAAAGUCUCGUCGCCGGAUGUCGCUGAGCCGGACUUCUCCCUGGCCCUGCUCAAGCUUCGGGAGUUUCUUCCCCCAAAGACAUAUUGUGAUAGACUUGUUGGUAUUUACUGCCAGCAUUUUGAGCGCACUAUGCGCAUACUGCAUAUCCCCACGUUCAUGCACCAGUACGAGCAGAUCUGGGCAAAUUCGAAUCCCGAUCUCUGCACGUCGUCGAGCAUCAUCCCGCAGGUUACUGCUGUGCUGACCAUGGCGUACCACAUGGACGACUCGAUAUACAUCAAUAAUGGCCAGCCAUAUAGAACGUACCUGCGAGGAGCCGCCAUCGAACUCAUCCAAGCGUGGCUCGACGAACUGGGCCGGAAGCAGCGCACUGAGCUGACCACACUUCAGGUGGAGAUCCUCUUACUCCUGUCGAAAAGCCUGGGGCAGCUGAGUCCAGAGAAGCUGUGGACUUCGACUGGCGCGCUUGUGCGCUCCGGUAUGAUGAUGGGCCUGCACAUGAACUCAUCGGGUAAUGCGAAGAUCACCCCGUACCAGUCAGAGAUGAGGCGCAGGCUGUGGGCGACGGUCCUCGAAAUAGACUUACAGGCAUCCAUGCAUGCGGGGAUGCCACUCGUAAGCCCUGAGUUCAGCCUGGCUGAUCUGGUGCCGGCCAACAUCGACGAUUCGGAAUUCGACGAGUCGACGACAGUGCUCCCUCCCUCUCGUCCGUUGAACAUAUACACCGACAACAUCUACCAAGUCCACCUCGCAAACUGCCUACCCCAACGGCUAAAAGCCCUCUCGCUCGUGCACCGCUCGGCCCCGAACAUAGACGAAGCCAUCGACCUAGGCAGGCAAAUAGAACACCACCUAUCCUCCAAACCCCCCAUCCUAUCCCUCUCCACCAACUCACCAAACACCACCAGCGGCUCCAUCCUACACCGCGUCCUACUAGACGUCUACCUCCGCCGACCCCUACUCUACCUCUACAAACCCCUCAUCCAAGACCCCACCACCACCACGCACCCAGAAAUCCACACCCACUGCCUCACCUCCUCCCUCACCAUCCUCUCCUACCAGUCCCUCUUCACCCCCCUCGCCCUCCAAACCAUAACCCCCAACCCCACCCCCCUCCAGACCUUCUUCCACCGCUGCUGCAAAGCCGACAUCCUCUGGGCCGCGCUCAGCACAUGCCAGCACAUCAAGACGCUGCGCCCAUCAUCCCGGGAUUGCGCCGCGCUGGUCGAAACGGUGGAAUCCACCAUCCAGUCUUUGAUCGCGAGGAUCGACCAGAAAGGAAGUGACGUGAAGGAUAUUGUUUUCUUGGGUCUCGCGCUGCAGGCUGUGAGUCAGCCG